UCAGAUUUCGCGGAAUGUGGUUAUACUUAAUUUUAUUGGUGUUGUUUAAUUGUGUCGUGUCGAAACAUCAUCGGAAAUAUGAAUACAGCGAUUCGGAGAGCAAGGAGCGGCGGUACACUGGAGAUUUAAUCUAUUUGCAAAUCAUGACAACCAACGGAUUCCAUGCUCCUUUGGAACUCUAUCCUACUGACAAGAAUUUAAAGACUGCUUGGUUCGAAGGUCUCAAAAAACUAACAAUGCUAGGCAAACUACAGAUGUUUCAACUGGGAAAAGUUCUUCGCAAGCGUUACGAUGACUUUAUAACAACGGAUCCCAAAGAAGUGGAAAUCUACACUUCAGCUGAAGACCGCGCCAUUUCAAGCGCCUUGUGCUUAUUGGCGACCCUGUACUCCCCAACCAAGGAAUGGAGAUUUGCGCCCCAUUUCAACUGGCAGCCCUUGCCUGUGACCUUUAUCGACGGAUAUUAUGACAAAUAUUUUGGAUACAGUCCUAUCUGCCCGAAGCUGGGAAAACAGAUAAGAAAGAUCCUGAAGUCUGACGCUGCCAAACAAUAUAUUGCACAAGAUGAGUUUCUUUACUCCUAUUGGUCAAAUCAUAGUGGGAUGGAACUGAAUAAUUGGAAUGAUGUGGCCCGUUUAUAUGACGUAGUGAACCGCGAGGAAAAAUGUGACUUGUAUGUGCCCUCAUGGGCGAAGGCGUACUGGAAAGAAAUGGAAAGAAUCGCAAGUGCUGCAUAUAAAUUCAAUUUCGAUACUAAAUUCAGUAUCAAAGCUAAAGUUGGACCACUCAUCGAUUUAAUGGUGGAUAGAAUGCGAGCGAAAACCAUGGAAGAUGAUCCUAACCCCGACGUAAAACUCCACGUUUAUGUAACGCAUGACUGGAAUAUGGCAAGCUUCCUGAUGUCCUUGUUUCGCUUCAACGGCAUCAUCCCUCCACCCGCUGCCACGGUAACCCUGGAACUGUACCGGUACUUCGACACGUACACGGUGCGCAUGCUCUACUUCAACUCCAGUACGCCCGAACUGGGCGUCCAGGAACCGAACGUACUGACCAUCCGGGGUUGCGCCGAGUACUGUCCUCUGGCUUACGUCGCGAACUACUUCCAUGACUACAUGCCCAAGGACUGGUACAAAGUGUGUGGCCUCAAGUUGAAGAGGGAAGAGGAAGAUGAAAACGAGAGCGGAAGACCCUUUUCGCUUUCGGACAACAAGGCCAAAGCUUGAUGUUUUUUUUUCGACCAGAGAGCCUUCUAGCACUAGAAAGACGGAGGGGCCUGUGUGGCCCCUCGCAUAGUUUGUUGUUUAAUAACUCGGAUAAUGUCUAACGGAACGUAAUGUAACUUCCUGACUUUUUAUUAUAUGGGUCAUUUUCCCUAAACAGCGCAAUUUGGACAGGGCAAGGAAUGGCAUUCACUGUGCCAGGGGAAUGACACUUAGAGGAAAUAAUGUGUUUUACUGACGAUAUUAUAAUUUAUGUAGGAAAAAGAAACACUACUUUUAUGAAAUUGAAAAAGAUCCAAUGUCGUGGUGUUCAAAAAUUAGUUAUUGUGGUUAUUUGUUUCCUUUACAUUUUACAGGGGAAGGACGACAGGGGAAUGACAAAAAAUAAAGUUAACUUAUAUAUUGUCAUAACUGCAAACAACAAAUAUCAAUGUCACUUAAAGUAAGGGGGGAAACUCUAUACAAACAAAAGUCAAUCAUUCAUUGAGCGAUUAUUACAAAAUUAAAUGAAUUAUCAAAGACAGGGUAGUGACAGUCAUUAAAAAUACUUAUCGAGAUUUAACUUGAGAUCACCCGAAUAAUACUCGACACCGUGUAUUUAUUCAAAAAGAACUAAUUAAGAUUAUUUCUAUGAUGAGACCAGAAUUCAAAGAUUAAAUUAUGAGUUAAUACAACUUUUACCAGGUGUGAGAAACGUUCAUUCCAUUCCUCGACAGGGGAAUGACAAAAAAUCAAAGGACAUUUUUUACUAUUUUUUUUUUAAAUAGUGCAAACCUUGAAAAGUUUUUAUUUUUCUAUUUUACAACAUUGCAUAACACUAGUUAAGAGGUUAAACAACAAUUUCUGUACAAAUAUGCAUGGCUUCCUGAAUCUUUAGAGCUGAUUUUGCUUUAAGAUGGAGGUAGGGACACACAGGGGAAUGACAUUUGUCCUAUCAAAAAAUUAUUUAAAUGUAUAAUAAUAAUAGAGUGUUUGUUUUAACUUAUUUUACAAACAUAAACACAUGUUGUUAAAGCCUUCUAACGUCAGUUUUAUUUCUAUACUAGUUAGUUUGUUAUUUUUGGAGCAAGGACAAGAAUUUAGCAGUUUAGAGAAAAUGACCCAUAUGACACUAUUUGAAUGCUUGUUUAAUCAUUUUAUCAUACGCCUCAUAGUACUGUAAAUAUUGAUCCUUAUACCUAGAAAGACGGGAGGGGCCACAGUGGCCCCUAAGCUUUUUUACAAUUAAAAAAUGUUUUUUUUUCCUUUCUCCUAAUUGUUCUUGCAUAAAAAAGGCCAUUCUCUUUAGUUUAACCUGUAACUUUCCCUUUUUACAGCCAGUUGGAUAUCCAAAUGCUAUAAACAGUACCGACUGCUUACCAGCCUAAUGGUAGCCAUUACUCUUGAAAAGAAAAACUGAUCCAAGCUUUUAGCCAGUAUAGAGAGAAACACUACAAAUAAUUGCAUACUAAGUUUUUACUUAGUCAUGAAAGAAGGUGUAUUGGGCAUGUGGACACACUCAGGAGGAAUUUUUAAAAUAAUUCACCCCAAAAAUGGGUAGGGGCCACACUGGCCCCUUCAGUCUUUCUAGGUAUACAGAAAAUGUCAGUCGUUCUAGUGCUAGAAUGUUCUAGAAGACCUGUGGGGGCAGCAAUGAAGGCAUUAUAAAAUCGUUGUAGCUUUUAUCAUUUUGAGUGAUAACUUUGAGGCAGUAAUGGAAAAAGGUAAUGAGAAUGAUCUGAUAAUAUGAGUCAUGCAGUUUAUUUCUGGUUAGAUGAACCUAGUCCUUGAGAGAGUGGAUUUCUUCCCGGGGAGGUUAGCGAAAAAUGGAACUGUUAUUUUCAUGAAACUGAGUUGACGAUGGUAGCCCAAUGCAAUUUCGUGACAAUAACAUUUCUCUAUGUACAUAAUCUCUUCAAGAGGAAGUUAAGUCUCGUGAGGUCAAAGUUCUUCUUACUGGAGGUGAACCGAGUCUAAUUCAGUAGUUAUUCAAUGCUCUCUUUAUUUUUACCAAAAGCAAUUUUUAAUAUUAAUGUACAUGAUAUUUACUUUGAUGGACAAAAUAUGAACAGAUUAUUUAUUCUAAGGAUAGCUUAAGACUGGCAAUACUUCAAUUUAUGUAAAGCAAUUUUGCCAUCCCCAGCAGGUCUUCCGUAAUAUUCCAGUAGGCCAUGCUCACAGUUUCUUUCUAUGCAUUUGUGUUGUUACAUUAAGUUAUUGAUAAUACAUUUUUCCAUUA